AUGACAUAUGUUAAAGAUCUUGAGGAAGAAAUACAUCGUAUCCUCCAAUCUUCUUCUAAAUUACAUAAAUAUAACAGUGAGUUACGGGAUAAAUACAUAAAGCAAGAGGAGAAUUUUGAUCAAAAAAGAAAGGGGUGGGAUCGGGAUAGAAAGAAGUGGAGUAAAAAACUAGGAGGGAUUGUUACUGAGAAUCAAAACCUGCA